CAUGGCUACAAAGAGCGUUGACCGGGGACCUGGAAAGGAGAAAAUGAAGCUUAAGAGCCUCCUGCUCCGGUAUUACCCGCCAGGAAUUAUGUUGGAAUAUGAAAAGAGUGGAGAAUUGAAAACCAAAUCCAUAGAUUUGCUCAACCUCAGUUCCAGCACUGAUGUCAAUGCCUUAGUAGAAGAGAUACAGAAAGCAGAGCCUCUAAUCACAGCUUCACGAUCAGAUCAAGUAAAGCUUUUAAUACAGAGAUUACAAGAUAAACUCAGACAGCACAGCAACCACAAAUUUUAUCUUUUUAAGGUUCUCAGAGCACAUAUACUGCCAUUGACUAAUGUUGCACUUAAUAAAUCGGGCUCAUGCUUUAUCACAGGAAGCUAUGAUCGGACAUGUAAAGUCUGGGACACUGCAUCUGGAGAAGAGCUUCACACCCUGGAGGGCCACAGGAAUGUGGUCUAUGCCAUAGCAUUCAACAAUCCUUACGGUGACAAAAUUGCCACUGGGUCCUUUGAUAAGACUUGUAAGCUAUGGAGUGCAGAAACGGGAAAAUGUUACCAUACCUUUAGAGGUCAUACAGCAGAAAUAGUGUGUUUAUCAUUCAAUCCUCAAAGCACAUUGGUGGCUACUGGGAGCAUGGACACAACAGCCAAACUGUGGGACAUUCAGAAUGGAGAGGAAGUGUUCACUUUAACAGGACAUUCAGCUGAAAUCAUCUCUUUGUCCUUUAACACCUCGGGAAACAGAAUCAUCACGGGAUCUUUUGAUCAUACCGUUGCAGUGUGGGAAGCUGAUACUGGAAGGAAGGUGUAUACCUUAAUCGGGCAUUGUGCUGAAAUUAGCAGUGCUCUAUUCAACUGGGAUUGCUCUCUGAUAUUAACUGGCUCUAUGGACAAAACCUGCAUGCUGUGGGAUGCCACAAAUGGAAAAUGUGUGGCAACGCUAACAGGCCACGAUGACGAAAUACUAGACAGCUGUUUUGAUUACACUGGAAAACUUAUUGCAACUGCUUCAGCCGAUGGAACAGCAAGAGUUUUCAGUGCAGCCACAAGAAAAUGCAUUACCAAAUUGGAAGGCCAUGAAGGCGAAAUUUCGAAGAUUUCUUUCAACCCCCAAGGGAAUCAUCUUCUGACUGGCAGCGCUGACAAAACAGCUAGAAUCUGGGAUGCUCAGACUGGUCAAUGCCUCCAGAUUCUCGAGGGGCACACGGAUGAGAUCUUUUCAUGUGCUUUCAACUAUAAAGGCAACAUAAUCAUUACAGGUAGCAAGGAUAAUACAUGUAGGAUAUGGCGCUGACUGAAGAAAAAGGCAGUUGGUGAACAAAUUUGCUAGUAAUGGAGAUCAAGACCUGGAGCUUCACAGAGAGCAAGCAAGCUGUUUUGAUAUUUCACGUUUUCUCUCUUUCCAAAAGUCAACAAUUUAUACACUAUCCUUAGCUUCAUGGAUAUGACCAUUAAAACUGAUAAAGUUAUAUCAUUUCUUGAUAUUAUUUGAUGGGAAUGACAGGAAAGAGCAUAAUGUUUGGCAAAUGUCACUGGUCAUUUCAAUUUUGUUUUUAUUUUUAGUAGCAUCAUGGUAGUAAUUAAGGAAACCAGAGUGAUUUAACAGUGUGUCUCCAAGAUUCUACUUUGUAGGCUAUUAUAAUUUCUGUUGAAUAAAGUUUUUGGAAGCAGUUUUUAGUGAAUUGUACAUCUAUAUAUAUGAUGUAUGUUUCU